CCCGCCUCCUUAAUUCUACAGUCAGUCAUCACACACAGACAGAUUGCUGAAUGCUUGUGUAACUUGUUUUUAUAACUUGCUAUAUCUAGCUAGUUCUUCCAAAAAUAAAUAUCCCAGGGAAAUAGUUUAUUUUGCUACAUAUCUAGUUUGGCACUUUUUCCCCCAAUAUGAGUUGCGUAAAGGAAGAAACCCGAAGCAUGUCUCCUCAUUGUCCGAAGCCUAACGAAUCUGAAGAACCGCUGGGUACAGCUAUGGAGGAGACUUUGCCUGAAAAUGCAGCUGCAAGUGUGGAAGCUGAAGCUGUAGUGUCUGCAGUUGUCAUCACAAAAGAGAUGGAGGAAGAGGAGAAGCAGUUGAUGGAGAAAGGAGAGAAACAAGAAGAGGAGAUGAUGAAAAAGGCUCGAGAAGCUCGGGAGAAGGAAUCUCAUGACAUUCGCUUCAAGAGACUGCAACACUUGCUGGAGAAAAGUAACAUCUAUUCUAAAUUCCUUCUUACCAAGAUGGAGCAACAGCAGCAGGAGGAAAUGCUGAAGAAAGAGAGACUGGAAAAGAAGACGCAAAAGGGCACUGGCAAAAAGACUGGGAGAGUUGAAAGAAAGAAAAGGGAGAGGGAGGAAGAUUACAAAAUUGCUGAUGUCAUGUCUAAAGAGGAAAUUAUGUCCAAGGCCAAGAAACCUAAAGUGGAAGACGAGGAGGUCCUUGGGAAGAAGAAGCUAGAAGCGGAGGACAUUGAAAAGAUGAGUGACUCAAAUGCUGACAUCAAGGGCCGUCUGUCGGAGGCUGUGAGAGACAAUGCCAAACAACUGCUGGACCCAGACAGGAAAGUGAACGGGCAGGCCGUGCCCGCCCAGCAGCCCCUGCUCUUCACUGGGGGAGUCAUGAGGUCGUACCAGAUAGAGGGCGUGGAGUGGCUCAGGAUGUUGUGGGAGAAUGGUAUCAAUGGGAUCCUGGCAGAUGAGAUGGGUCUGGGGAAGACCAUCCAGUGCAUUGCCCAUGUGGCCAUGAUGCUGGAGAGAAAGGUGCUGGGACCCUUCUUGGUGGUGGCCCCCCUGUCCACUCUGCCCAACUGGAUCAAUGAGUUCAAGCGCUUCACUCCAGAGGUGUCAGUACAGCUGUACCAUGGGCCUGCUAAGGAGAGGAUGUUGUUGUUAAAGCAGAUUCAUAAGCCUCAGGGGCCUCACAAAAUGUGCCCUGUGGUGGUGACCUCCUUUGAGAUUGCCAUGAUAGACAGGAAGUUUCUGCAGCGCUUCCAGUGGAAGUACCUGAUCGUGGACGAGGGCCACAGGAUCAAGAACCUGAACUGCCGACUGGUGAGGGAACUGAAGAUGCUGCCCGCGGACAACAAACUGCUCCUGACAGGCACGCCGCUGCAGAACAACCUGGCUGAGCUCUGGUCACUGCUCAACUUCCUCCUGCCUGAGGUGUUUGAUGACCUCAAGAGCUUUGAGUCGUGGUUUGACAUCGACACCAUCGGAUCGAAUGCAAAAAAAGUUGUGGCUAACGAACGAGAGCAGAACAUCCUGCACAUGCUCCACCAGAUUCUGACGCCGUUCCUGCUAAGAAGACUGAAGUCUGACGUGGCGUUGGAGGUGCCGCCCAAGAAAGAGAUUGUUGUGUACGCCCCACUCACUGCCAAACAGGAGUCUUUUUACACUGCUGUGGUCAACAAGACCAUCGCCAAAAUGCUGGGCCGGGAGAAGGGGGAGGCCCCAGUGGUGCUGACGACCGAUGGCAGGCCUAAGCGUAGGACCAGGAGGCCUGUGGACUACAAAGAGACUGAUGGUGACACGCCCUAUGACCUGGAGAAAUACCUGGAGAGGGUUCAGAAGGAGGCAGAGCUGAGCCCCACCCCGGUGGUGGACGUGCAGAUGCCCCUAGACUCCCAGAUCAACCUGAAACUGCAGAACAUCCUCAUGGUGCUGAAGAGGUGCUGUAACCACCCCUACCUCAUAGAGUACCCACUGGACCCGGCCACUCAGGAGUUCAAGGUUGAUGAGCAACUGGUGCAGACCUCUGGGAAGUUCCUCAUUCUAGACAGAAUGCUGCCAGAGCUGAAGAGGAGGGGACACAAGGUGCUGAUUUUCAGCCAGAUGACGUCCAUCUUGGAUAUCCUAAUGGACUACUGCUACCUGCGUGGUUACCAGUACAGCCGACUGGAUGGGACGAUGGCUUAUGCCGACAGAGAGGAGAACAUGACAAAGUUCUCGUCUGACCCAGAGGUGUUCCUCUUCCUACUGAGCACCAGAGCAGGUGGCCUGGGCAUCAACCUGACUGCUGCUGACACGGUCAUCAUCUUUGACAGUGACUGGAACCCCCAGGCAGACCUGCAGGCCCAGGAUAGGUGCCACCGUAUCGGGCAGACCAAACCCGUGGUGGUGUAUCGCCUGGUCACGGCCAACACCAUCGACCAGAAGAUCCUGGAGAGAGCCUCCGCCAAGAGGAAACUGGAGAAGAUGGUCAUUCACAAGAACAAAUUCAAAGGAGGAAAAGCUGAGCUCAAACAGACGAAGAGCUGCGUUGACUUGUCCGAGCUGAUGGAUCUUCUCAGUGCAAGAGAUUACGAGAAGGAGGUGAAAAGCACCAAGGGGAAGGUCAUUAGUGACAGGGACCUGGAGUUUCUGCUGGACCGCAGUGACCUACUAGAUAAGGCCAAGAGGAGCUCAAAGCAGGAGAAGGUUGGAGUCUUCAAGGUUAUCGAAGCCAAGGAAUCAUCUGAGAUCAACUUGACCAGUGUUUGAAAGAAGUCGAGCUACUCCUAAAGGCAUAACCAAAAAGCUCUUGAGCUAGAUCCUAAUGGUCCACAACACUGCUGUUGGUUAUAAUACUGAGACUGAAACCAGAGGACUUACUCAAGCCGUCCUCCUAAAACAACUGUUUUUAUACUAGAAGAAAGAGUAUUUCAUUGUAAAGUUUAUGCGUCUGUUAUUAACUGCCUUUUUGUUGGAAGUUUAUUUUUGUUGUAGAGUUUGUCAAAUACUGUUGGUUAUAGUGGAGUCUGUAACCAGGGAGACUGAAACCAGUCUUCCAGAAGCUGCUUAUAUGUAACAAAAGUAUUCUUGCAGCUUUGACAUCUUUCUUACCUGCCAUUGAUAUUAUUUUUGUCGUGGAGUUGGAUACUGUUUGGACUUUUUUUAACCACUUUUGGUGCAGUGACUCAUUCACUUGGAAGUCAUUUUUUUGUAAAAACCCCAUUUUCGCAUUGGAACCAAUUUACUUUUCACAAUACAUGCUAAAGUAAAUGCUGUACUCAUAUCUUAUUCAGUUCACAAAAUGGGUUAAUUGAUACUGUAUGUUGGACCAGAACUCCAAGCACUUUUAUGUAAGGAAAGGUAUUUCUUUACAAGCUGAGACCGUUCCCUUUUAAUUGUUUUGUAUGCAACCCCUCUUCUAAAAAAUAAACAGUAUCUCCUGAA